AUGUCUCCUCUGGUCCAUCUGCUCGCUCUGCUCUUCCUUCUCUGCUCGUCUCUGGCUUUGGCUUCCGGGUCCGAGCCAACCCUUUCAUGGGCCUGUGGAGAUGAACAAGCUUCCAUCUUGGAGACCUCUGAUGGCCGUCAAAACCUGUCCAUCAAUGGGGUUUUGGUGAAGGACCGUGCUCAAGGCUGCGACAGGCUCCGGUCCUACUUUGGGAGUGGUUGCCUCAGCUGCGAUGAGCGGUCGCAAUCUUGGAGGAGUGCGUGGAUGCGCUACUGUGGCGAUGAUGGGAGUCAAUCGAGCUAUGUAACUUCAACUCCAAACAUACCAAGGAGGCUUUUGAAGCAGUCGUCAGAGAAUGGCGCAAAAGCUGAAGAUGACCCAUGUAGGAACAUGGGUCUACACGAAAAUAAACAUGAUGCCAAUGAUUCUUCCGAAAAAGAGGAUCCUCUGUUGGCUGUGCCAGUUGAUUCUCUUUCAUCCUUCGACGUAAGCACAUCAUCCGAGAAGAUCCCACCAACUCCACAUCGAAUACCUCCAAGCCCAUCUAGAUUCGCACCGUCUCCACAUAUUGCUCGAGUUGGAUCUGUUGACUUAAGUGUCCAGCAGAUUCUCAGGGCGACUCAGAAUUUCUCACAUUCAUUUAAAUUGGGUGAAGGAGGAUUUGGGACUGUCUACAGGGCUGUAUUGUCAGAUGGCCAGGUUGUUGCAGUCAAGAGAGCUAAAAAGGAUCAGUUUGCGGGUCCCAGUGAUGAGUUCAGCAAUGAAGUAGAACUGCUUGCUAAGAUUGACCACCGGAAUUUGGUGAGAUUACUGGGUUAUACUGAUAAAGGAAAUGAGCGGAUUAUUAUCACUGAGUAUGUUCCAAAUGGCACUUUGAGAGAACAUCUCGAUGGCCAACAUGGCAGAACCCUGGAUUUUAAUCAACGCCUAGAAAUUGCGAUUGAUAUUGCUCAUGCACUCACUUAUCUCCAUCUAUAUGCAGAGAAGACAAUAAUCCAUCGCGAUGUGAAGUCAUCAAAUAUACUUCUAACAGACAGCUACCGGGCCAAGGUGUCGGACUUCGGGUUUGCUAGAAGUGGCCCUAGUGACACAGAGAAGACACACAUCUCCACGAAAGUGAAAGGAACUGCUGGCUACCUGGACCCUGAGUACCUAAGAACGUACCAGCUCACUCCUAAAAGUGAUGUCUUCUCUUUUGGCAUACUUCUUGUAGAAAUUAUUUCUGCCCGUCGACCUGUAGAGCUGAAGCGGGCCGCUGAAGAGAGGAUUACUAUCAGAUGGACUUUCAAGAAAUUCAAUGAAGGCAACAUGAGAGAGAUACUGGACCCGCUGCUGGAAGACCGCGUGGACGAGGAGGUGUUGGAGAAGCUUCUGAGUUUGGCGUUCCAGUGCGCCGCUCCCACGCGGGAGGACCGUCCGACCAUGAAGGAGGUCGGGGAGCAGCUGUGGGAGAUCAGGAAAGAGUCUGGACCAUUCGUGAUCAAGUUCCAGGCUCGCUGGAAGUUGCUUGCUAUUGCUAUGACAGAGAGCGAUCAUCUGAAGGGUGGUGGAGAAGGAGAAGCUUCAUUAUGCGUAAUUCGGCGCCUGAUCCACCAAAAGCACCACCAGCCCUCCGCCAGGACUUGGUUAACAUCCAAACUUGGCAUAAUUUGA